UCAUCAGUUAGGGUCCUCGGGCGGAAUUUGCCUGAACUGUGUGUUAUCAUGUCGCCCAACUUUUGGAUCCUCGUCGUCGCGCUUCUCAUCAACAUAACCGGGUUUUACUGCUGUCUUUAUUCGGAAGAAGACCCAGACAUACCAGUCAUUGCCAAAUAUUUCACCACCAAGGGGAGAUAUGAGGAAGUGAACCCACAUCUCCGAGACGACAUACUCUUCGUCAAUAGGUCCGCCCUGAAGCCUCCAUCUCCACAAUGCCGAGAGGCUCAUCUGACAGCCGUCAUCAGGCACGGCACCAGAUACCCUACGAUUAAAAACAUCCAGAAGAUGAGACGGCUGUACGGGCUGGUUGAGAGCCGAGCCUCUGGAGAAGAGAGCUGGCUGCGUGAAAUCCAGAGCCAGUGGACGAUGUGGUACACGGAUGACAUGGACGGCCGACUGGCCAUGAAAGGAGUGAGUGACCACAAGCACCUGGCCGUCAGGCUGUCCAAGCUCUUCCCCUCACUGCUGACUGAGGAGAAGCUGCGGGCUGGACAGGUGAACUUCAUGACGAGCUCCAAGCACAGAUGUGUCAACAGCACGUUGUCCUUCAUGGCGGGACUGACAGAACAGUGGGCGAUCAGAGGUAGGACCGUGGCCCUCCUCACCCUCACUGCACUGGGUCUCACCACAUCUCAAUCAGUACAUGGGACAAAACUCGAGUAGUUAAAAUCAACAGAUGUUUGUACGAGCUUUACCUAUGACAUCACAACGUCACCGUGACGUGACUGGAAAAUAAAUCUGACGCAGGACACGCCUUCUGUCUGCGUUGAUCUGCACAGACUGGGUUAAGUCCGUGGAGUUUAAUUGGAGCGUUAACAAGCUAAAGUUCUGCUUUUCUCUUUAGUCCAUCCUUUAUAGACUUCCUCUGUGGUUGUCCAGUUAUUACUCUGUGGUUUGUACCUGUGAUGGACACA